UAAAUAAAAAAAAUUAAAUUUGCUGAGAAAUGAGAAACCCCUGAAUCGGAAGAGAAAGGGUUUAUACUUGACUUGACUCUCACAAAACAAAAUCUCACCAUGGAUCGUUUGCGUCCUCGCAACAGAUCAGUUUUUACUGGAUUCACUAAUUCUGAGAUUGAGAAAAUGGAGAAAGUGCUAAGGGAAACGAAAGGACAAUCAUUGACUCAGGAUUUUUACCAAAAAUUGACUAAAAGUUUCAAUUAUUCAUCUGGUCGCGCUGGGAAACCUCUCCUCAAAUGGACUGAGAUGGAAAGUUGGUUUCAGACUAGGCUCCAGGAAUCACCACAAGUACCUGAAAAUGAACUGGUUUCUCCUCAAGGGCUUCAAUGUAAAGAAGGAGAAACUGUCCGAGACCCAUCAGGGUUGGAAUUUGAAGCUAGGUCUACAAAAGAUGAGGCAUGGUAUGAUGUCGAGACAUUUCUUGCUCACAGAUUUCUUAGCACAGGGGAAGCUGAAGUCAAAGUCAGAUUUGUUGGAUUUGGAGCCGAGGAAGAUGAGUGGGUCAACAUAAAAACUUCUGUCCGAGAACGUUCAGUUCCGUUUGAAAAUUCAGAGUGUUCCGGCCUGAAAAUUGGAGACCCUGUCCUAUGCUUCAUGGAGAGGAGAGAUCAAGCCAUCUACUAUGACGCUCACAUUUUAGAGAUCCAGAGGAGAAUGCAUGAUAUCCGAGGUUGCAGGUGUCAUAUCUUAAUUCGGUAUGAUCACGACAACUGUGAGGAAAGAGUUCGCUUGCGAAGACUUUGCCAUAGACCAAGAUCUUAGAUAUACUUGACAUAAACUCAUUUCUGACAUUCCUGCUGGGUAAGUAGCUUUCAAACAGAUAGCAAUUAUAUGUAUACGGCAGGAAUCAAACAGUGAUUGGCAUUUUGAAUAUCCGAGUUCCUUUCUGCUCAAUUUUUUUAAGCUAGAAUGUGUUUUCUCCCGUCCGUUUAACUUUUGGUCGGGAGUGAUUGUGCGUUGAAAUUAGAAGGCGAGUCUUUUUGAAAAUGUUUUUGUUGAUGUAGCAUUUUCACGUCAUAGCCAAAGUAGCCAGUCUUGACUGUUGAUUUAAGAUUUGAUGGUUUAGAUUUUAAA